UUGGCGAAUCUGUCAUUUAUUUAAUGUGACAAUACCGUAAAAUGUUUAUUACGUGGAAUGUAUUAUAGAUAAAGUAAUAAAAAUUACUCAUUGCGUGAUAGGUCUUAACAUCAGUUUUGGGUCAGAGUAUCGGCUAAUUUAUACUUGACAUGACUAUUUUCAUAUUAUAUCUAUACGAAAAAAAUAGAAUAUGGAAGAUGACGACUCCUCAAGGCGAUUGUUUUUCAUUACGCACACAGUGUGUGCUAUUUUCGCUUUGACAGCAGGUAUUACGCUAGGGAUAUAUUUUGUAAAGCCCUCGAUUGAUGUUAAAUAUGAAAAUAACGAUGAAAAUAUCAACACCUGGAAUAUACAACUGGAUGGCGAUGGAAAAGUUGUAACGGGGGGUCAAUUUAGCGCUAAAUUAGGCUUUUAUAACAACUCUAUAUUUCCCAUUCGAUUUCAGCCAAGCGAAGUCAGUCUUCAUUAUUUCCCAAUAGGAACCAAUCCAUCGUGUCUCUUUUUGCAUUCAGCUGAUUCUCACUUUACACAAACCAGUGGGAGUGCCAAUAUCUCUCAAGUCCUCCAAAGUAUAAAUCAAGAGACCAAAGAUGGGUUCCUUAGUUUGGACAAUUUUGAAGUAACUAUAAAAUCUAGCAAAUGGAAUUACACAAAUCCUACGUAUUUCGAUUUAAAGUGGAACAUUGGAUUACAAGUUCCGGACGAUAAGUUAGGAAUGAUCUACCAAAUAUAUAUGGACUGCAAACACUUUCAAAAGGUUAUCUUUUCUAUACAUCUUAAGAAGAAUAUUUCAAAGUAUUGGAUUUUAAAAAAGGAUUUGCCAAACUCGUUCGAGAUCAUGCUUCCCAUGGAAUGUGUUAUCGAUGACAGAAUAUAUGACGUUUUUAGAGAUGUUACUGUAGUAAAGGAAGAUGUUAUUUUAAAAUCCCUAUCGCAUAAUCCAGAUUUAUUUUCAAAUUCUCAAGUAUAUGUUAUGUGA